UGAAGACGGAAAGUUAUUUAGACCAAUCCUUUUUCUGCAGCGGGCGGGAAAACUUCUAAAUGCAGUUUUCUCACGGGUUUGUCGAUAGUUGUAGCAACCGCUUUACUUAAUUGAGACCUAGCAACCACCUCCUACUGAAAAGAAAGUAUGUAGGCUAGCCUAACUGGCGCUUUACUUGAAUUUCACAUACAGAGGGAUAUGCACACAUAAUCAUGUGAGAUCAAGAGAUUUAGUAGUAUGACAACCAUCUUUUACCAUCUUAAGGUUACAAAUGAUCUUCCUAAAGCGCUGAAUAGAUUAGAUACUUAAGUACACAUGUUCAGGCGACACUUUGAUUUGCAAUUUAAGCGACCAUACAACACCUGUUAGCACGGCUACUGUAGCCAACUCUUGGUGGUCAAGUCCAGAAUUUGAAAAAAAGCUGUCUAGCUAGUUAAGGACGUAUAUGGUGAGGCACAUUUUAGCAAGCCAAGUACUAGUCUACCUGUUUCAAAUGAGUCAAUAUAAUGUAUCAUGUCGGCUGGGGCAAAGAAGUCAAGUUUCUUUAAACGAGAAGUCAACAUCUGCUGUCGAUUAUGGUCUCUUUACCUGCUGCCCUGUGGCAAACAUGAAGCAUCUCCUGGAAGAAUUUAAAGGGCUCUACGAGGAAAGAUUGAGACGUAUCGAUUUUGAUACAAAAGGAAGUACAAAAGAAGAAAUGCUGCGGAUGAAACUCAAUGUUCUCCAGUCAUAUGUUAAUGACCUUGGAGACCAGAACCAGGUUCUGAUCCAGACUGUGGAGGACCUGGAGAAAGAAGCUAACGAGAAAGUCGCCAGCCUGGAGGUGAAGUUGCGCACUUCGGAUGACAUCAUUAAUGGUCUGGCCCAGCAGAGGAAGGACCUGGAGGAGCGGACAUGUGCUCUCCUCUCAGAGAACGAGGACUUGAGGUCGGACGUGGAUUCUCUGAGAGGCCUGGGCUGGCCUGACGCACACACACACAUCCCAGACGUGAUUUCAGCCCAGCCAGGGGACACAGUGGGGACAGAGCUGAUUGGAUCAGCCCGUACACAAGCGUACGUAUGAAAACAACACUCACACUCUCCUACUCUCUCCAAUCUCCAAACUUUCUUCUAGAACUUA